AGCAGUCAUAGUAUCGCGCUGUCACAGUCAACUGUCUGCUAGAUAGCGCCAAACUGACAGAAAUGCCCUCGCAUUUCGGAAAUUGAUAAUAAUGUUUACGAAUGUGUGUGCGUUCAGAGAGCAAAGCGCGAGUGAGACAUCCUAAAUUCAGACGCGUGGUUGUUGGGAGAUUCACUCACACUGGGUUAUCUGACUGACACCAAAGUUUACGCGGAGAAAGAUUAUAUGGCACUAAUUACCUCAUAAGAAAUAAAAAAGAAAAUACUGAAACAUUUUAAGGAGCUAAUCAACACAAAGUGAAGCUUGUAGGCGAUUCAUGUGCCAACAGGUUGUUUUGCGAAUUUAUGAAUCCCACUAUAGCAAUAGGUCACGUGACUGGACGCUAAGAAACUUAUAAAAACAACGUCACCAGAAACUAAUUAAUACUCAUAAGCUAGGCCUCGACCAUAGUAGGAUUCGUAACUUCGCUUGUGGUUUGUUCUAGUUGAAACAAGCGCUCAGUUCCAUGGUAUAAGACCGGAAGUUUUAAACAGUUAAAUCCUCAGAGGUGCGCUAUCAGUAGGAUGGGACAUGAGCUCCUUUCAGUUUUUCCGGAGGACGUGACUCAAUAAUUUGACUACUAUGAGAUACAUAAGUUUCUUGAUUUUGUUGUUACUAAAUGCCGUACAUGCUGCCAAAAGUCACUUGGAUCUGGCCUGGGCUCAAGGAUCCAUCAAAAACAGAUCAAGCCGGGAUGUUUCCUGCAGAGAGGGCAUUGAGUAUGAACAUGAUAACAUCUGCUGCCUGAACUGCCCUGCUGGAACAUAUGUGAAAAAGGCCUGUCUUGCUCCUUCAGAAAAAGGAGUGUGUGAGCCGUGCGAGUUUGACCAGUACACUGAGCAUGACAAUGGACUGCGGAAGUGUUUAUCAUGCACCAAGUGCCGUAUAGAUCAGGAAACCACAGAGAAAUGCACAAAUACCCAGGACACACAGUGCAAGUGCAAACAGGGUUCAUUUUGUUUACCUGACCAAGCAUGUGAGGUGUGCAAGAAAUGCAGUGGAUGCAAAGUGGAUGAAGAGGCUGUAAAAAGCUGUACAAACAUUUCCAACACAGUUUGUAGAAAGAGAAGCUCUUCAGGCAGCUCUAACUCAGCGACUUUCGUUGUUGUUGUUGUUGUUGUUGCUGUUCCUGCAUUCAUUGCAAUGCUUGGAUUCACUUUGGGUAUCGCGUACUGGACAAAAUCAAAACCAAGUAAAAAAGCAGUAACAUCAAGAAGUCCAAGGGAAAUGGUUAGGAUCUGUAUGGGUGACAGUGAGGAGGUGAAAGAGGAGAGCCAGAAUGCCCACAACUCUAAGAUGGAUGACUCCUCUCAGCUCCAGCCGUUCCUUGAGCAAAACUAUGUGGAAAGAGAGCCAAUAAGAAGACUUGUUCCUUUAAAUGGAGAAGAAUCGUUGAAGAAAAGCUUUGAUUUCUUUGAAGAAAUGGAUGUCCACUAUCAUAGCAGAUUUUUCAGGUUCAUUGGACUGAGUGAUAAUUCAAUCAAAAGUGCAGAGUCUCUCUUCCCGGAAGACCGAGUUUAUGAACUGUUAAAAAUCUGGAUGGAAAAGGAGGGACUGAAGGCAGAUUUCAACAGUCUAAUUGAAGCAUUAAUCUAUUUAGACCAAAGGAUGUCAGCAGAAAAUAUCAUUUCAAAGGCAAUUAUUAAUGGUUACUUUAAAUAUGAAGAUGAGUGAUUGGAAGCAUGCAAAUAUUGUCACCACCUUAUGUUCUCAGUGGGCAAAGGUAUUGUUUUGAUUUUUCUUGUUCAUGGCUUACCUUAUGCAGUAUUAUUCCCCAACAAUUCCAAAAUGGAAAGUGUUACACUGACAUAAUAUUUAUUAGGUUGGCCAAUUGUGUGCAAAUUCUUUAGAUAAGAUGCUAUGCUGCUGUUUACAAACGUUAGUUACAUUUGGGGAAAAUAUAUAUUUAAGACUCCUAAUAUUAUGAAAUGUGUAGUCUUACUACAUGUUUAAAUGCAUUAUUUCCCGUUUUGUAUACAAAAUUGUGAUGCAUUUAAUGCUCUUGAAUAAGAAGUUUAAAUGAUUAUUUUGUGAACUAAUAAAAGCAAUUAAUUUGUA